CGCAUUGCUUUAUCAGGGAUGUUCAACAGCAAGCAAAAGAUUGACAAUCUUGCAUGGCUAUCAACGCGUAUCUUGUUUCCUCUGCUCCUCGCUGCAAUAAUUUCCAUGAUAGGAAAAAAGUUCUCUGCAGGAGCAAUUUUUAGCCUAGAUUAAAUGCAGCGCAAAAGUGGGGUUGGAUGGUGAUUGCGGUGAUGUGCUUGCAAGGACAAAGUAGAUGUGUGUUUACAAUGCAACUUAUCGUCGCAACUACUUUGCAAUAUACCUGCUCAUUGUAUAUGGGAUAUGGCGCGAAGUAUAUCACAGAGAAAUGGCGAUGAGCUACAGAGUAUCUCCAUCGAGAAUGUUGUGCUUGAAAAGGGUAUACCGGAGGAGACUGUAAUUGAACCAGCAGUUGUGAAGGUCGAGACACGAUUUUCGGAAAAGGAGGUGAAAAUACGACAAGUAGCCCCUAUGGUUAUUGUUUUAACGGGUGCGACGUUUCUUGUUGUAAGUACCAAGACCGUGAAUUUUGGGUAGAUGUCUGAUAUAUACUCCUCAGACAAUCGCUGCCCAGGCAGUCAUCAUCAUCUUACCUGAAAUCUCUCGGGAUCUUGACAUUCCUCAAGAUCGGGAGCAGUGGGUGCUAUCUUCUUAUGCGUUGACGUCUGGCUCAUUCCUACUUCUUUGGGGAAAACUGGGAGAUGUGUACGGAAGGAAGUUAUUGUUUAUCCUCGGUGCAUCUUUCACGGCUGCUACUUGUAUUGCGACGGCUUUUUCUCCUGUUGAGGUUUGUUUAUACAUAAUGCGGGCUUUGCACGGACUUGCCUCUGCUGUCACUAUCCCUACAGCUAUUGGUAUAAUAGGGCAUACCAUUCCACCUGGACGAGUAAAAAACUACAGCUUCGCAUUCUACUCCGGCGGCGCUCCGAUGGGUCAAGUUCUUGGAAAUCUCAUGGUAUGUAUCCCUUUUUUUUCCAGCAUUCACUUGUGAUUCUGAUUCAUCAUCUAGGGUGGAAUCAUCUCGCAAUGGGCGAGUUGGAAAGUCGUAUUCUUCGUGAUAGCUGGUGCUUCUCUUACUAUUGCCGUAAGCGCAAUAUUUGUGGUCCCAAAUGAACCAGCUAGAGGCAACGAGGAAGACACAGUACGUGCCUCGGGUGUCGACUGGAUUGGUGCUUUUCUAUUCACCGCAGGUCUACUUCUAUUACUCGUUGGCUUAUCAGAAGGAGGAUCGUCUGGGUGGCAGGCGGCCUCGGUUAUUGCCAUCAUAGUUAUAUCUGGGUGUUUACUAAUAGGAUUUCUUCUGUGGGAACAUUAUCGCGAGACCAAGACAGCUAAAGAACCAUUGAUGAGAGUAUCGACGUUCCACCAUAAGCAGUUCUCCAUUGCCAUGGUCAUUAUCACUCUAUUCUCGGCUGGCUUUACCAAUUUUUGCCUCUAUACUACUUACUAGUAUGUCUUCAAUCCGACUCCGCGAUAUCAUGGCUAAUUUGGAUAUAGCUACCAAGAUUUUCGACUUCUUGAUCCUUUACAAACCGCUCUUCGAUACAUUCCACUGGGUGUGGUUGGUAGUAUGUUGACCGAUCUUACUUCGCGAAAUAUUUCUGACAACUCUUUAGUUCUCACAACUUUCGGAUCUGGGUACUUACUCGCUCGAAUCAAUGGUAAUUACAUUCUCAGUUUUGGGCUCGGCUCGGCGAUGAUUGCAAAUCUUCUGUUUGCCGUUCCGAUACCUCCCAGUACAUCAUACUUCGCUUUCGGUUUACCAGCAAUGGCACUUGCGGCAUUCGGUGCUGAUACAGUUUACCCAUGUCUCGGUCUCUUUACAACUCAGUCACUCCCUCGAAAGGAUCAAUCGGUAGCAGGAGCCAUGUUCCAAACUAUGGCCGCCAUCGGACGAGCCAUGCCACUGCCUAUCACAUCGGCAAUCCAGGAGUCUGUACAGUCAAAAGAGUUAAAGGAAGGGAAGGCUCAGAUGCAAGCAUUUUUGGCAGGACUAAGGGCUGUGGAAUGGUUCUGCGUGGGCUGUAUGGCGGCAUCCUUAGCUAUGACUAUCAUUGGGCUCAGAAAUAUCGGAAAGAUUGGAAUGUUAAAGAAGCUAGGUGUUGCCAAGGAGACGAAGGAAGAAGUUUAGACUUUGCAAAAUAAACGAUUAGCUACCGUUAUUUAUUCUUUAGGCGGUCACUAAAUACUCAACCCUGAACGCUGAUUGUCAUAGUAUCCAUGAAAAGUAUGAUUCACAAUUCUCAACGUUAAAAAUAAUAGAUGAUCCGAG